CACACUCCAAAACUCAGUUGCCUCUCUUUUCUCUCGCAAUCCCUCUCUUCUCUGACCUCAGACUAGCUCUCUUUCUCGAACACCGUUUGCAAGAUGCGUGAAAUCCUUCACAUCCAAGGAGGCCAAUGUGGCAACCAAAUCGGAGCCAAGUUUUGGGAGGUGGUUUGCGCUGAGCACGGGAUCGACUCGACGGGGCGGUACCAGGGGGACACAGAUCUGCAACUGGAGCGAGUGAAUGUGUACUACAACGAAGCCAGUUGCGGAAGGUUUGUUCCCCGAGCCGUGCUUAUGGAUCUGGAGCCAGGCACCAUGGACAGCGUCAGAUCUGGGCCUUACGGUCAGAUAUUCAGGCCAGAUAACUUCGUCUUCGGGCAGUCCGGGGCCGGAAACAAUUGGGCGAAGGGACAUUAUACCGAGGGGGCUGAGUUGAUCGACUCGGUGCUUGAUGUGGUCAGGAAGGAGGCGGAAAAUUGCGACUGUUUGCAAGGGUUUCAAGUUUGCCAUUCUUUGGGAGGUGGAACUGGUUCAGGCAUGGGAACCCUCCUCAUUUCCAAGAUCAGAGAAGAGUAUCCCGAUAGAAUGAUGCUCACCUUCUCUGUCUUCCCAUCCCCCAAGGUGUCUGAUACUGUUGUCGAACCUUAUAAUGCGACUCUCUCAGUGCACCAGCUUGUUGAGAAUGCAGAUGAAUGCAUGGUUUUGGACAAUGAAGCUCUAUAUGACAUCUGCUUCCGUACUCUUAAGCUUACGACUCCAAGCUUUGGAGAUUUGAAUCACCUCAUUUCUGCUACAAUGAGUGGUGUAACUUGCUGCCUUCGCUUCCCUGGCCAACUAAACUCAGACCUCCGCAAGCUUGCUGUUAAUCUCAUUCCAUUCCCUAGGUUACACUUUUUCAUGGUUGGGUUUGCUCCACUCACAUCUCGUGGGUCUCAGCAGUACAGGGCUCUUACCGUUCCUGAGCUUACUCAGCAAAUGUGGGAUGCAAAGAACAUGAUGUGUGCAGCUGAUCCUCGCCAUGGCCGGUAUUUGACUGCUUCUGCCAUGUUCCGAGGGAAGAUGAGCACUAAAGAAGUUGAUGAACAAAUGAUUAAUGUGCAGAACAAGAACUCAUCCUACUUUGUGGAGUGGAUACCUAACAAUGUGAAAUCUACUGUAUGUGAUAUUCCGCCUACUGGAUUGAAAAUGGCGUCGACGUUCAUUGGAAACUCCACUUCAAUCCAGGAGAUGUUCCGAAGAGUGAGUGAGCAGUUCACAGCUAUGUUCCGCAGAAAGGCUUUCUUGCAUUGGUACACUGGAGAGGGCAUGGACGAGAUGGAGUUUACUGAGGCUGAGAGCAACAUGAAUGAUCUUGUUUCUGAAUACCAACAAUAUCAAGAUGCAACUGCUGAUGAAGAAGGAUAUGAUUAUGAUGAAGAUGAGGAAAUUCAGGAGGAUGCCUGAGUGCUGGUUUUCUGCCCUGCUGUCAUGUACUUUCAGAGUGGUGAGUGUGUCUGCUCUUAUAUACCUAAAUACCUUAUUUUGGACUUGGAUCUGUUUUGCUGGUAUCUUAGCUUCUGUUUUCGUUUCAAGCUUUAGUUUAGAGAGUAGUAUUGUUUUAGUUGUGGUUUUUGCAGUUUGUUGAUGGCCCGUGCUUAGAUUGCUGAAAUACUGUAUUAUGAUGGGUGUGUUUUACUUGGUAUGUCAUUAUUUCAUCUAAAUCCCAGCUGACAAGACUGUCCAAGCUUCGGAAGACGUCCAAAACAAUAGUAUCAUGGGUAUGCCAGACAGUUUGUUUGC